AUGCUUGAAGAAAUAAGAGUGAAAAUGAUGAAGAGAGUAGGACAGAUGAGGAAGUUUUGUGACAGUUGGAUACAUGACUUUUCUCCAAUGGCAUUGAAAGUUCUGACAGAUCACACUGCAAGGUCUAUGAAGUGCAGUAUUGAGUGGAAUUCUGAUACAGGGUAUGAGAUUCUUGAAGGUCAAUUCAGACAUGUGGUGGAUCUGCCUAGACAAACUUGUUCUUGUAGAGCAUGGAUGUUGAAAGGCAUCCCAUGUCCUCAUGCAAUUGCUGCUUUUCACCACAAGAAGUUGAACCCAAUGGAUUACAUUUCUCAGUGGUAUUCUAGAGAUACCUAUAUGAAGAUAUAUAGCCAUUUUAUUCAACCAGUUUUGAACUUGAAGAUAUGGCCACCAUCUACAAAUCCUACUGUUAUACCACCUAAAGUGAGGAACAUGCAUGUUCCAGGCAGACCUAAGAUCACAGGAGGAAGGAAGCAAAUGAACCUAUAA